UGACGUUUUAUCGGAGCUGCGCUUCCUGGUUACGGUGAAUCUCGGCUAACCGUUAGCUCCUCCGGGCGGCUGCUGCUCGUCCUCCGCCUCGCCCUCACCUGGUCGGUGACACACGGACGCUCGCAUCAGACUUUCGCCGUAAAUCCUCCGGGAUGUCUUUCCUGGAGAAGCCGGUCCCCGGCAGGCUGCUGCUGGACGACACGGUGCCCCUGACGGCGGUGAUCGAAGCCAGCCAGAACCUGCAGUCCCACACGGAGUACAUCAUCCGAGUGCAGAGGGGCGUGUCUUCAGACAACAGCUGGCAGGUGAUUCGACGCUACAGUGACUUCGAUGUCCUCAACAGCAGCCUGAUGGUUUGCGGCAUCAGCCUCCCGCUUCCUCCUAAGAAGCUGAUCGGAAACAUGGACAGAGAGUUCAUAGCAGAGAGGCAGAGAGGGCUGCAGACCUACCUGGACUCCAUUACCCAGCAUCCCGUGCUCUGCAGCUCCCUGACCGUCAAGAAGUUCCUGGACCCCAACAACUACUCGGCCAACUACACGGAAAUCGCCCUGCAGCAAGUCUCCAUGUUCUUCCGGUCGGACCCAAAGUGGGAGGUUCUGGAGCCUCUGAGAGACAUGGGCUGGAGGAUCAGGAAGAAAUAUUUCUUAAUCAAAAACAAAGAGCAGCCCAAAGAGAGAUACCUGCUGAGCUGGGUGGAUCUGGGUCCUGAUAAGUUCCUGUCGGAUAAAGACCUUCAGUCUGCUAUGAAGCUGCUCACCGGCCUUUCUACGCCGUAUCUUUGCCCGCUGUUGUUCUCCAGCACCAGCGAGUCUUCAGCUCUGCUCAUCAGACCCUUCAGCGAGAGAGGAUCUCUGAGAGACCACAUCUGUAAGGUGAAGCCCAGAGAGAGCUACCUGAAGAAGUACUGCAACCCCAAGAAGAGUCAAGGCCUCGAGCUGCCGCACGUCAAACUGUACGGACGUCAGAUCCUGGAGGGCCUGAAGCUGCUCCAUGACGGCGGCGUGGUCUUCGGCCACCUGCACGCGUCCAACGUCAUCGUGGACGAAGGCGUGUGCCGGCUGACGGACGUGGAGAACGGCAUGCUGGGAGUUCCCUCAGCGCUGCGACCGGCCUUCACCCAGCUCAGGAAGAUCAACACCACAGAGAGCAUCGACGUCUUCUGCUUCGGACAUUUACUGUACGAGAUGACGUACGGCCGGCCGCCGGACAGCGUCCCCGUCGAUCAGUUUCCUGACGCCCCAUACACAGCCGUGGUGCCGGUGCUUCAGUCCAUUCUGUCCACAGAAGCCUGUAAGAGCAGGAUGCCCACCGUGUCGCAGCUCAUCCAGUCACCGCUGUUCAGUGACGUCCCGCUUCAACACUCAGAGAAACUCCAGAUCAAGGUUCCCAGCAGGCUAAAGGAGGCGCUGAAGACGGCGAAGGAGAGCCUGGAGAAGAGGCUGCACGAGGAGCAGAGACUGCUCCACCAGCACAGGAGGCUGACCAGAGCUCAGUCUCACCACGGCUCAGAGGAGGAGAGGAAGAGGAGGAAGAUCCUGGCGAGGAAGAAGUCCAGACAGUCGGCUUAUGAAAACGAAGAGGACGCCUCCGUCAGAAACAACAACAACUCUGGUUCUGGAGCCAGUUCUCCUCCCACAUGUCCUUCCUCCCCAACACCUCCAUCCACCACAGGUAAGUCCGUCUGUCCUCUCACCUGUCUGAUAAGCCUUACGUCCAUCUGUCUCUCCUCCCAUCAGUCUGUCUGUCUGUCUGUCUGUCAGGUAAAACCCAGCACACUGCCGGGUCUGCAUUGUGUCUGAUCAAUAACAGCAUCUUCAUCCUGAAUUUCUCAGCGUUCAUCUUGAAUUUGCAUGUGUGACACGAGGACUGAUGUUUUAACUCGUCUGUCUCUGUCUCCUCUCUCAUCCUGUGGUUUUCAGACAGGUAUCUGUCUCUGCUCUACUGUGUCUUACUCACCUUGUCGUGACUUUAGGUAGCUGGACUCAGGGCGGGAAACAUGCCCGUUUUAUUUUACAUGUCAAAGUUUAACGCUGGUGUUACUUUAUAUUUUUCUUACUGAUAUAAAAAACAAAGCGCCAUGUGCAGACCUGAGCAUUGUGUCAGUGCUUUGACUUCUUUGUGACGGCAUGAAAAUCCUUAAAAAUGUCAGAAAUAUCGCUUUGUUUAAGAAAAAACUCAAUAAUUUCAUACAUGCAUUUAAAUACGGGGUGUGUUAGCAGAGCGAAGGAUUCACAGCGUACGCAGACGUUAAGCUGGGCUGUGAUAUUUCUAAAUAAAAUGAAAUAUUUAAAGUAAUUUGGACCAGAACCAGGCAAUCUGUCGAGCUCUGGUUUAAUUUUCCACAAGUGAAAGUCGGGUCUAAUAUAAAAACACAGAGCAUGAGCAGCUUUUGUCUUUUAUCGGAGCGAGUUUUGUAAAGUGGGUUGAAGUUUGAUAUUGACCUGAGCGCGAGGAGCUGAAAUUGCUCUCAUUGUAGCUAGAUAAUACAAUAGACAUAUUUAUGUAGGGGUAGAAAUAUCUUUGAUGGUGUCAGUGCUACCACUUGCAACAACGCUAGGCUAACGCUACAACUAAGAGACUUUCAUUCAUUCCUAUUGCUAACGCUACCAUCUCUUUGAAGUGACGUUAACUGAAUAAAUCUGCUCUAACUGACAGAAACAUCUCUCCAGAAGAGCAACCACCAAUUAAAAACUGAACGGGAAGCACAGCCGCCAAUUGCUUUCACGGUAACGGCUAGCGGCUAAGUUAGGAGGCGACUGGAAAACAAUAAUAAUGCUUUAAGAUCUGGGUCCUGGUGGACGAUAACGUAGAAGAAUAGUGGAAGAUUGGGGGAAAAAACUGAGAACAGCAGCAGAUAUAACCGCAGGAGACAAACUUAUUGAUCAUCACAUGAUGCUCUGACAUCAUCACUGCUAACGAUACUGUACCCAUUUAAUUAUAGUGAUCCUUAUUAAUGAAAUAGUUAAAUUAACAGCAUGUGAAAAAAGGAAAACUGUCAUUUAUAACACCCCGCCUUGAUUGGCCCCAUUGAUUACCAAUAAUCAGUAUUGGUGUCUGCCCUGAAUACAACAUAAAGCUCUAAUGUUUUAAACUCUAUAUUCACAGACAGGAAGAUAAGAUGAUCCUUUAUUCAUCCCACAGUGGGGAAAUUUGCAGCAAAGAUAGAACAAACAUUUAAGGAAUGUGAGAAAAAAAAUAAACCAUAAUAUGCAUGAGAGAAAUACUGAGAGAAGCAUUAAUAUUGUACUAGUUAGGAAUCGCUGGUUUGGCUCCUUUCAUGGAUUUCUGACAAAAAGAAAAAUAUAAAACAUCACCAGAUCUUUACAACAACGUGACACAAAAAGUCAGUUUCCUGCCCUGCUAUUAGCGUCUCCUCUGUCCUCCUCUCCUCGUUUCCUCUCCUUGUUUCCUCUCCUUGUUUCCUCCU